UGUUUCCUCACAGUCAACCUUCUCAGGAUGAUGGGGCAUCCUCUGCUCAGAGAAGGCUGGAAUCUGACCCUCAUGGCAUCGGGCCCAGUCUCCAUGGCAGCAGAGGAUUUAUUACAAGGCCUCCACCCAGCCCGGUGGACUUUAGACUCCAAGCCAGAGGAAAGAGAACCAAACACAGUUCCAGGAGCAAGGGCUGCCUAAGGAUGGCCAAGUUCCUUUCCCAGGACCAAAUUAAUGAGUACAAAGAAUGCUUCUCCCUGUAUGACAAGCAGCAAAGAGGGAAGAUUAAGGCCACGGAUCUUCUGGUGUCCAUGAGGUGCCUGGGCGCCAGCCCCACGCCUGGAGAAGUACAGAGGCACCUGCAGACUCAUGGGAUAGACAAGCACGGAGAGCUGGAUUUCUCCACCUUCCUGACCAUUAUGCACAACCAAAUCAAACAAGAGGACCCAAAGAAAGAAAUCCUUCUGGCAAUGCUGAUGGCAGACAAGGAGAAGAAAGGUUACAUCAUGGCAUCUGAGUUGCGGUCAAAACUCAUGAAACUGGGAGAGAAGCUCACUCACAAGGAAGUGGAUGAUCUUUUCAAGGAAGCAGGCAUCGAACCAAAUGGCCAAGUGAAAUAUGACACUUUUAUCCAAAGGAUCACCCUUCCUGUGCAAGACUACUGAGGGAGCUGAGAUCCAGGGAGCAGAGUAUGAGAGCUCCAGGGUCUGAAAACCUAAACUGAUUCAUCUAGAGAUGGCAAACCCAUCAGUAAGACCAGACGGCAUAAUGUUUUCAGGGGAUAAGUACCAAUAAAAGAUGUAGCCAUGGUAUUA